AUGUCUUCCUCGAACAAACAUUGGCCUAGCAUGUUCAAGAAAUCCAAACCGGACAACCAUCAGAAUUGGCAGCAUGGCAUGAACUCAUCUCUCUUGUCCGCUGGCUUGCAAACAACUCCUGUUACUUUAGGUGCAGAUGUUGAUGACAGAAGUCCUGAACCAAAGCCAAGAUGGAAUCCAAAACCCGAACAAAUCCGCAUUUUGGAAUCCAUCUUCAACUCCGGAAUGGUGAACCCUCCAAGGGAAGAGAUCAAGAAGAUCCGUACACAGUUACAAGAGUUUGGCCAAGUUGGUGAUGCCAAUGUUUUCUACUGGUUCCAAAACCGCAAAUCUAGAAGCAAAAACAAGCAUAGACACCUCCAUAGCAAUCCAAGAAACAAAAAGAAUUCUGCUGCUGCUGCUCAAAUCAUCACUGCACCACCUAACUCAUCUCCAUCAUCUUCCUCGGAUCAUCCCAACGUAAACGCAUCGACCAACGAAGCAAUAAUAGUCAACGUCAACAACAUUGGCUUCUCCAAUGUUAAUGAUGGGAUAGGAGUGUUGCCUAAUUCUCCAAAUGUGAACCAAAACCAAACUGCUUAUAAUUUUCUUCAAACAACACCUGCUGAGACCAAUUUUCAACUACCAACACCCCCAUCUCAACCAUUUUUCUCUUUCUCUAUGGAGAAUAAUAAUAAUAACAAUAUCAAUGAAGGACUAGCCCAAGUGCUUUACUUAUCUGAUCAAUAUUCCAAUUCCAAUAUGGUGAAUCAGCCUUUACCUCAACAAAACGUUGCUCUUCCUUUGUUUAAUCCUGAGAUCAUGAUGAACUAUGGAAUUGGAAAUUCCCCUAUGAAUAACCAGCAUGAUCAAGAGAAUAAUAUUCAAGAGGAAGCAAUGAAUUUGAUGCAUAUGAAUCAACAAGACCCACAACAACUUGGCUUUGGUGUCCCUUCAAGGACUCAUGAUUCAUCUCUUGUUCCUCUUCCUCCUGUUGCCAUGAAUCCUUCUCUCGCUCCAUUCCAUAUCCCUCAAUUUCAAGGUGUUGAUAAGCCAAAAUGUAAGGUGAUAAUUAACAGCACUGUAGUCGAAGUUGAAGUGGGUCCCUUCAAUGUUGGUGCAAAUUUUGGAGAUGGUGCCGUUCUCUUUGAUUCCUCCGGCCAACGAGUUCCCACCGACGAAUGGGGUGUCACCCUCGACUCACUCCAACAUGGUGCUUCUUAUUACAUGGUUUAAGGAGGUGAAGCUGAACCAGCUAGGUGUGCGAGAUUCAGAUUAAUACAUGGUGUCUUUUCUCUAUUGUCAUCCUCUUGUAUCUGUUUUUUUUUUCUUUCUUUC